AUGGCAACAUCUAAAACAAAGAUCUUGUGCAAUCUGCAGGUGUUCAAGGACGCUCAGGGCAGCCUGGACAUGGACGGCAAGUUUUCUCCUCUGUAUCGUCAGGACAGCAGUAGGAUCUCCUCCGAUGACCUCCUCAAGCUGCUGGCCGACAUCAGGAAACCUGAGAAGAACAAACUUCAGAUUGUGCCAGGACAGCUGAACGUGACCAUUGAAUGUGUCCCACCUGAUUUAUCAAACACCGUGACAUCGUCUUACGUCCCUGUCAGGCCCUUCGAGGACGGCUGUGAACGCGUGUCCAUGGAAAUCGAGGAGUUCCUGCCCGAGGAGGCUAAGUACAACCACCCGUUCACCACGUACAAGAACCAGCUCUACAUCUACCCCUCCCAGCUCAAAUACGACAACCAGAAGACCUUCACCAAGGCUCGAAACCUCGCCGUCUGCUUGCAGUUCAGAGAUUCAGACGAAGAGGGAGCGGCUCCGCUGAAGUGUAUUUACGGCAAGCCGGGAGACUCGCUCUUCACCAGCAGCGCCUACGCAGCUGUCCUGCACCACAACCAGAGCCCGGAGUUCUACGAUGAGGUUAAGAUCGAGCUGCCGGUUCACGUGCAUGAGAAACACCACAUCCUCUUCAGCUUUUACCACAUCAGCUGUGAAUCCAGCAGCAAGGCCAGCGGCAAGAAAAGGGAGGGAGUGGAGUCACUGGGUGAGGCACAUUGA